AUGGCGCUGCUAUUGAUCCCCUUCAUUCUAUUCCUCCUCCACACACUAAGCGCCACUCUUCGUCGAAAACGCAAGUUGAAUUCUCGCCGCCGGAGACUCCCUCCGGGCCCACCGUCACUCCCCUUCAUCGGCCACCUACACGAGUUCAUCGGCGAACUCCCCCAAUUCACUCUGCGCAAACUAUCUUAUAAGUAUGGUCCCCUCAUCCACGUCAAGCUCGGCCAAGUCUCCACUAUCAUCGCGUCCUCGCCGGAGACAGCCGCCGAGAUCCUGAAGACGCAGGAUAUUGUCUUCUGCGGCCGCCCUUUCUUCGCCAGCACGGACCGGUUCUCUUACGGCGGCCUCGACAUCGCCUUCACACCUUACAACGAUCACUGGCGCCGCAUCCGAAGGUUUACCAACGCAGAGGUCUUCAGCGCUGCGAGAGUGCAGGCCUUCAAAGCCAUUCGUGAAGAAGAGGUGGGAGCUCUGCUUAAAACCAUAUCGUCGGCGUCGGCCAACGGCGAAGCCUUCAACUUGACCACGAUGCUGCUCUGCCUUUUCAACAAUUUGAUAUACAGGCUGGUCUUUGGAAAGCGGAUAUCGGCAGUCGCCGGCGACUGUGGAAGGACUCAGCACCAUGAAAUGAUAAUGGAAGCAGUCGCCUUCACUACGGAGUUAUGUGUGGGUGAUUUUUUCCCUUCCUUGGCUUGGUUAGAUGGGCUGACGGGCUGGCGAGGGAGGCUGGAGAAGAUAUUUCAUACCAUGGAUCGGGUCUUUGAACGGGAGAUAGAGGAAAGGAUGAAAAGAAGAAGAUGCCAAGAGGAGAAGAAGAGUAGUACGGGAGAAGAUACCAUUAAUGAAGAUGUUUGCUUCCUUGAUAUACUACUUAAAAGCCAAGAGGAAAUGGAUGAUUCUUUAGGGCUUCUGCUCACUAGAAAUGUGAUCAAAGCUGUUGUAAUGGACAUGUUUCUGGCGGGUACUGAUUCACCUGCAAUAAUCAUGGAGUGGGCUAUGGCGGAGCUGAUCAAGAACCCUAAAUCUAUGCGCAAAGCACAAGAAGAGGUUCGUCGAGUAGUCAAAGGUAAAGGUAAGGUCGAAGAGGAAGACCUUCAACACCUACCCUAUCUACACAAUGUAUUUAAAGAGACCCUCCGCCUUCACCCUUCUGGUCCAUUACUUCUACCACGUGAAAGCACCAAAGACACGAAGAUCAAUGGUUAUGAUAUUCCGGCCAAAACAAGGAUCUUUGUGAAUGCUUGGGCUCUCGCAAGGGAUCCAAACUCUUGGGGUGAGGACGCCGAGACAUUUCAGCCUGAGCGAUUCGAUAAGUGUGGCGGUGUUGACUUCAAAGGGCAUCAUUUGGAGCUCAUACCAUUUGGUGCAGGGCGAAGGACUUGUCCUGGAAUGGCAUUUGGUGUGGCUGGGGUUGAGCUCGCUCUUGCUAAUGUUUUAUAUGGAUUUGAUUGGGAGUUGCCGAGCGGAGUGAAUAGGGAAGAGAUGGACAUGACUGAGAGCUUCAGAAUGGUGAGUCACAAGAAGGUGCCUAUUAUUGUGGUGGCUACUCCAGUGACUGAUUUCACUUGA